UGCCUUCCGGCUCUGCUAGGUCCCGUUCGGCCAGUCCCGCCUUGCGCGCCGGUUUCGAGCCGGAGUUUCAAGCUCUGCUUUCGGGGCAGGAUUUUCCAGGCCUGGGCUCUUGGACAGUAGCUGUGGGGGCAGGAAUGGCGCAGCUGGAGGGCUACUAUUUCUCAGCUGCCAUGAGCUGCACCUUUUUAGUGUCUUGCCUCCUCUUCUCUGCCUUCAGCCGGGCGCUGCGAGAGCCCUACAUGGACGAGAUCUUCCACCUGCCGCAGGCGCAGCGCUACUGUGAGGGCCAUUUCUCCCUCUCGCAGUGGGAUCCCAUGAUUACUACAUUACCUGGCUUGUACCUGGUGUCAGUUGGAGUAGUCAAACCUGCCAGCUGGGUCUUUGGAUGGUCUGAACAUAUUGUCUGCUCCAUUGGAAUGCUCAGAUUCGUUAAUCUCCUCUUCAGUGUUGGCAACUUCUAUUUGCUAUAUCUGCUUUUUCGAAAGUUACAACCCAGAAACAAGGCUGCCUCAAGCAUCCAGAGAAUCUUGUCAACAUUAACACUAGCAGUAUUUCCAAUACUCUAUUUUUUUAACUUUCUUUAUUACACAGAUACAGGAUCUGUGUUCUUUACUCUUUUUGCCUAUUUGAUGUGUCUUUAUGGAAAUCAUAAAACUUCAGCCUUGCUUGGAUUUUGUGGCUUCAUGUUUCGUCAAACAAAUAUCAUCUGGGUUGUCUUCUGCGCAGGACAUGUCAUUGCACAGAAGUUAACUGAUGCUUGGAAAACUGAGCUACAAAAGAAGAAGGAAGAAAGACUCCCCCCAAUUAAAGGACCAUUUUCAGAAUUCAGAAAAAUUCUUCAGUUUCUUUUGGUAUAUUCCAUGUCAUUUAAGAACCUGAGUAUGCUUUUCUUUAUGACUUGGCCCUACAUCCUUCUGGUAUUUUUGUUUUGUGCUUUUGUAGUAGUUAAUGGCGGAAUUGUUAUUGGUGAUCGGAGUAGUCAUGAAGCCUGCCUUCAUUUUCCUCAGUUAUUCUACUUUUUCUCCUUUACUCUCUUUUUUUCCUUCCCUCACCUAUUAUCUCCUACCAAAAUGAAGACUUUUCUUUGUUUGGUUUGGAAACGUAGAAUGCAGUUUUUUGUGAUUACCUUAGUCUCAAUAUUUUUUGUUUGGAAAUUCACAUAUGUUCAUAAAUACCUGCUAGCAGACAAUAGACAUUAUACAUUCUAUGUGUGGAAAAGAGUUUUUCAAAGAUAUGAAAUUGUGAAAUAUUUGUUAGUCCCAAUCUAUAUUUUUGCUGGUUGGACUAUAGCUGACUCUUUAAAAUCAAAAUCAAUUUUCUGGAAUUUAAUGUUCUUCAUAUGCUUGGUCACUUCUACAGUUCCCCAGAAACUGCUAGAAUUCCGUUACUUCAUUUUACCUUAUGUUAUUUAUAGGCUUAACAUACCUCUGCCAUCCAUAUCCAGACUUGUUUGUGAACUGGGUUGCUAUGUAAUUGUUAAUUUUUUAACUUUUUAUAUCUUUCUGAAUAAGACUUUUCAGUGGCCAGAUAAUCAGGACAGUCAAAGGUUUAUGUGGUAAUAUAAGAAUAUUUUGAAUUUUAGAAGCAGACUUGAUAUUUGUACUGUUCCCACAAUGAAUAACUGAAUACAGAGAAAUUACAGUAUUUCUUUUAGGCACAAUGGUAAUCCUCACAUCACAUCAGAUUUUUUGUAUAUGUUUUCCCAUAUAUAAGAAAUCUAAGAUAGUUAAGUGUAAAGAGCUGAGAAAAUUUGCAUCCUGCCUCAAAAGCCUGAAAAAUGGGAAAAUAAAAUGUUUACAAUUAUCUCA